GUCUGCCUGGAGGGAAUGGCUCACCUUAACUCCACCCACCUGCCCAACAACCAGUCAGACUUCAGUAGCGUCUUCACACAGCAGGUGCUGCCGCCGCUCUACUUCGUGAUCUUCCUGGUGGGCGUGGCCCUGAACGGCGUAGCUGCCUGCAUCUUCUUCCGCGUGCCGGCGGACUCGGGGCUGGUGGUGUACCUGAAGAACAUGGUGGUGGCCGACCUGCUCAUGUUGUCCACGUUCCCGUUCCGGGUGGCGGCCCAGCUGGGGCUCGGCGGCUGGCGCCUGCAUGUGGUGCUCUGCCGCUACACCGCCGUGCUCUUCUACUCCUCCAUGUACGUGGGAAUCCUCUUCAUGGGCUUCAUCAGCCUGGAGCGCUACGUCAAGAUCGUCCGCCACACGUCUUCCUCCGCCUCCUCGUCCCCAACAUCCUCGCUGCACCUCCUGCAGAGCACUGGCUUUGCCCGGGUGCUGGCACUCCUCACUUGGGGCCUGCUCCUCCUUGGUGUGCUGCCCAACGCCGUGCUGACGAGCCGACCGGCCGACGAGCGGAACGCCCGGCAGUGCAUGCAGCUGAAGACGGCGCUGGGCGUGCAGUGGCACCGAGCCUCCACCCUCUUCAGCGUGUCCCUGUUCUGGGCCACGCUGCUGGUGCUCCUCUUCUGCUACGCCUCCAUCGCCCGCCGCGUCUACCAGACGUACCGCCGCGUCCGCUGCGACAGCGGCGACGUCUGCCGCAAGUCCAACCGCAGCAUCUUCAGCAUCCUGGCCGUCUUCUUCAUCUGCUUCGUGCCGUACCACGUCUGCCGUGUACCCUACACGCUCAGCCAGAUGCCGGCGUCCGGCUUCAGCCGCCAUGCCCGCUUCCUGCUCUUCCAGGCCAAGGAGGGAACGCUCUUUCUGUCGGCGCUCAACGUCUGCCUCGACCCCGUCAUCUACUUCCUGAUGUGCCGCACCUUCAGGGAGUCGCUGCUCCGCAAACUGUCGGGACGAGAGAGGAGGAGGUCACUGACCACGGCCCAGAGCCUCAGCAACAUCUAGGAGGCAAGGAGACGAGGGGGCAAGGAGAGAGAGGAGGAGGUCACUGACCACGGCCCAGAGCCUCAGCAACAUCUAGGAGGCAAGGAG